AAUAAAUUGUAGUGUACUUACUGCCAUUGAGUGGUAAGUACUUUCGUAAUACAAAUUAGACAACAAACCCAUCAAAAGCAUUAUUACAGUCUCGAUAAAUUGGAAUGGUAAAUAUAAGAGAAGUGCAUCUCAUCUGUCAAUGCUACUGAACGAUUGUACUGCGGAGAUCUUGGCCUUAACAAGCCCUCUCGAUGUUUGCCGCAUUUCUCUAGUUUCUAAAUCACUUAAAUCUGCUGCUGACUCCGACUCCGUUUGGGAAAGAUUUCUGCCCUCUGAUUAUCAGUCUAUUAUUUCUGCAUCACUGACUCCCGUCCCUGAGUUUGCUUCAAAGAAGGAUCUCUAUGUUUACCUGUGUCACCAUCCCCUCUUAAUUGAUGCAGGUCGCAAGAAUUUCUCACUGGAAAAACGGACCGGAAAGAAAUGUUACUUUGUAGGUGCAAGGGAUCUUGAUAUUCCAUUGGUUGAUAGACCAUCAUAUUGGAAAUGGACUUCACUGCCAGAGUCCAGGUUUGCGCGACUUUUUUAUGACUAUUGUGUAUUCUCAUAUCGUGAGAUCAGGUUUCCGGAGGUGGCUGAGCUCAAACGUGUUUGGUCGGUAGAUAUUGGGGGCACAAUAAGAGCUGGGGUUCUUUCACCGCGGACAUCUUAUGUAGCAUACCUUGUUUACAUGUUUGGAGAUGAAUUUGGAUUUAGUUAUCGACCCUCAGAGGUUUCAGUUGGAGUUUCUGGUGUUAAAUUCGACAAACGAUUUGCAAUUCUCAUGCCAGAAGAUGAAGAGUCAAUUUAUAACCUGCCCCCUGAUCUAGAGGAUAGGCUCAAGAAAGUGUAUGAAGAGGCAGUACGUUCUAAUCUGCCUUCUGAUGCAGAGGACGAUGAUCCAGGGCUACGUGAUGAUAUUUAUUUGGCGUUGCAACAUUUGCCGUUGCAGCUUUUGCCGGAGAAUGUUUCAAAUCGGCUGCAACUUGUUAUGCGACGUCCUAAACUUAGAGAUGAUGGCUGGUUUGAGAUAGAAUUGGGUGAGUUUUAUACUGAAAACGAAGAUGAUCGCAUAGAAAUGAAUUUGAAAGAGCUGAAAAAGUGUGCAUCUCUAAAGGCAGGGCUUAUUAUUGAAGGAAUUGAGAUAAGGCCCAGAAUGGAUUGAUUAUCACAUUUUUUUUAGAAAAUAUAUCUUCCAUUUCAUAGAACUGUCAAUUAUUAGUGAA